AUGGAAUAUUAUUCACAAGCUAUUGAUUUAGUCAAAACUACAUUUGGUAGUGGUGGAGCAAAAGUUGAAGAAGAAGUAUCGGCUACCACUACAACAACAACAAUCAAAUCGCCAAAAACUUUUAAAUCAAUGAUUGGUAGUGUAAAAGAAACAAUUGAAAAUGAUGCCGAAAAGAAUAAAUCACAAAGAUUGAAUGAAGGUCAAAGAUCAGCUAAAAAAGUGUCAUACAGAAAAACCCCAUUUUCAUUUGGAUUUUAUGUUAAAUUAAUUAAAGGUGCAUAUUGUUUCGCUAAAGGUGCCUAUGUUACAUUCAAAGAGGAAAAAGUUAUCAAAGCAUUCUUAUCAACAUUAAAAAUCAUUUUAUUUGGUGUAUUGGCAUCCUAUUUAGUCAUCUUUUUCAUGACAUUCCCAAUUAGAUUAAUCAUAUCAUUUCUAACUUGGAUUGGUAUAUCUCAUUUAGAAUCAAUCGAUCAAAUGUUAGAUACAAAACAAGUAGUUGAUGAUAUAGCUUAUUUCAUACCAUUAGUAGUUGUUGGUACAUUACGUUAUGUUGUACCAACAUUUAAUGAAGAUAUGUUUUUCUUUGUAUUAGAAUCACAAGAUAAAAAACUAUCAAGUUAUUUAAAAGAAUGUAAAAUAUUAAAGACAUAUCCAAUGAUUGGUUAUUUAAAGAGAUUUUCAAAAUUAGCGGUUAUGGGUAUUAUAGUGAUGAUUUUUGGAUAUAUACCAUAUAUUGGUGAUUUUGUAUUAGCAGUUGCACAAUUUUAUUAUAGUUAUAAACCGCUAGGACAAGGUACAGCAUUCUUUUUAUCAUUGUUUAGUUUAUAUGGUCCAACCAAAGGUAUGGCUGCAAAUGUUUUAAAGACAUCAAUGGCUGCAAAUUCAUUGGGUAAAGAGUUAUUGGAAGUUUAUUUCAUGAGAUUACCAGAUUAUAAACAAGAGGUUUAUAUCUAUCGUCGUUUCUAUGGUUGGAUAUUUGGUUUUAGUAUGUUAUGGACAACCGUAUUAAGAUUCCCAUUCGUUGGCGCAAUAUUUUGGGGUAUUGCUCAAGGUUCAACAGCUUUCUUAAUCUUAAAACUCUUACAAAGAAAUCAAUUAAAAUAUGAUAAUCAAGAAACUCAAGUAAUUUUAUUAGGUCAAGAUCAAUUAUCAGAUUUUAAAGAAGAUUCUUCUUCACCACUUUUAACUUCAAAAUCAUUAAAAUCAAAAUCAAAAUCAAAACUUAAUUAA